ACAAAAAGAGAAGUCAAAAGAAACAGUCAAAAUCAAUACGCAGAACGGAGUGUUACGUGACAUUUUCGAAUCGGGCGCGCGAGCUGCCAGCAGUGCGCACGCCAAAAACCGGCUGAUUCGUCCACGUGAACAGGGAAAAUUCUCGACGUAGUUGUUUAUUUUGGUACGGCGCACCGACAGUACACCGUAUCGUUAACCCAGUGAAAAAACAUGUCGCAUACGUUCGAGAAGUUGCAAGAGUUGAAUUUAACAAGGGACGAGAUCAAUCGCAUCGGCGAUGCCCUCAAGAAGGAGGAGUUCAGGAAAAUGUUGGCCGACUACGUCGAGGAGAUCCAGGACCCAGAGAACCGGCGUAUAUACGAGUCGGAGAUCGCCCAAUUGGAACGGGAACGCGGCAACGACGUCACCUUCAUUCAUCCCCAUCCCGGUUACGUGAUCAAAACAAGCAUAAAUGGGGACAAGAAGUGUUUCGUGAACGUGUGUGUCAACGAACUGAUCGACAGACCCACAUCUCAACCGACCGUCAAAGGCGGCUCGAAAGGUCUUCAGUGGUCGCUGCCACAUUCCGUAACCCCGGGCCGGGACGAUCUGGACAACAAGAACGUGAGGUGCGUGGUCUACGACGUGGUGUUCCAUCCAGACACUUUGCACCUGGCCAGAAGCAACAAGGCGUUCAGGAACAUGGUUAACAACACCGCCAUCCAAGCGAUCGAGUCCAACUACGACGUCAAACUCGACGGGAAAAAUCUCAAAUUCCCCAAGCUGCAGUACAAAGGGGUGGCGAGGGCGAGCAUUAGACGUACCCCAUCCAAAAACCCCCAGAUCGUCGAACGGACCGGCGAAGAAAAGGAACUGUACGACAAAAUAUACUCAUGUGCGGACACCCAGCACAAAAAACCCAAAAAAUCCAAGUCCAAAACGGACGACAAAUCGAAAUAUACAACACCCAAGUACACGUUAAAACAUCGCUCCCACACCGACUUGCAGGAGUGCACCGGACACAAGGAGGCGAAAAUGAACGCUGCCAUUCCUAAGGAAUUGGUGCUGGAAGUGAAUCUGCCCCUGUUAAAGUCAUCAGGUGACAUAACCCUGGACGUAACGGAAAAAACCGUGCAGUUAGUGAGCGAGGAGCCGGCAAAAUACAAGCUCAACAUCACCCUGCCAUAUCCGGUCAACGAGAACACGGGCAACGCGAAAUUCGAUAAAGAUCACAAGAAGCUAAUUGUAACGUUACCGGUGAAAAGAAACAUGAAUCUCCUGCUGACCGACAGUGUAGAAGAUAGUGGAGUGGAUAGUGAUAACAACUCGCCAGUUUCCACCGAAUCGGACGACGAAAACACGGAAAAUAAACAGUUGGUUAGUGAAUUGAGUGCCACACAAUUUAGGACCAAGUUUUUAGACGAGAAUGUGAGUUAUACAGUUCCCGAGUUUACGUGUCACUUGUACCAGAACACUUUGGCGUUCACGUUGAACGUGAAAAACGUCGACGAGAGCAGCGUCGGUAAGCUCGUGAACGACGCUGGUACGUCGUUGCACGUCAAAUUCACCAGUGUUAGUUCAAGUUUUUAUCCCUCCUUUUACGCGUUCUACGUCCGAUUACCCGAACACAAAAUCUCACAGGAAAUUCAGGUGGAAACGUGGGACAACAAUGUGAUUUUACAAAUACCUUUCACUGGUAAUUCUGAUACUUUGACCAGUUAUUUGUACGGCCCGGACGAGAACAACCUAAAACAAACUUAUAUACAAGAGCCAUCAAUCAUCAAUGAACUUCUACAAGAAGAUAAACCGUUGGAAGUGAUAAUAGAGCAACCAGAACAAAAACAACAAUUUAAACCAGAAGAACCCACGAAGGCAAUAGAUAUCGCGUCCUCGUAUUAUUCGAGUGGUGAUGAGCAAAGCUGCAGUAGCUACAGCCCGUCGAAAAGUAAAGGUAUCUUGAAACGUUUGUCUCAAAAACGUUUCAGCGUCGUGAGAAGCAUUUCAGAGUCGAGUUUGGAUGACUUCGUGCCCAGCUCGUUAGAAAACUGCCACACUAGCUUAGACUCGGUCAUUCCAGAGGACAGUGAAGUCUCCACCAGCCUUAAGAAAACCGUCAGGUUUAACGAUAAUAUCAAACGUCAACUAUACAGGUCAAAUUCUAGUAUUCUGGGCCAGAAAAAGAAGAACCAGCGAAAAGCGAGGAAUAAGAAACGUGCCCACGAUCGUCGCCAUAGCGAAAGCGAGCUGAGCGAAGUGGAAAAGGAGGGAGAAACGAAGACUGCCGACGGUGAUGCAAAAGAAGAAAGUGACAAGAAGGGUUCGUCGCAAACGGACAUUUUCCAUCUCGAGAUGCAGUAAUUUAAUUGAACCGUCUCAAUGUUGGAACUGCCGUUUUCUAAUUAUCAUUACAUAUGAACGUUUUAAAUGUUUUAGGUACUGGUAUGAUGAAUUUGUGAUUUUUUCAUUUUUUUUUUAAUAUACAAGUGUUGAAUAAUCUGAGUUCACUGUUUUAUUAUAAUUAGUUAUUGUAGAGUUAAGUUAUUGUUUUAGAAACAGUUUCUCCGGUAAUUUGUUUUUCAAUUCAUCAGCAUUAAGCUGUAUAAGAAUAGGUGAAUUUAGGGUUGUUUGGUUGUUAAAAGUACAAUUACAAAAAUUGCAUGUGAUAUACUGUUGCUUUAUAUUGAUUGAUUAUUUUAUACUUUUACUUACGAGCUGUUUUUCUAGUAUACUUGUAUUUUAUACAUGUUCCUUAUAUAAAAUGCCACUUUAUAGGUAUAUUACAAUAAAACUUUUUAAAAUA